UUAUAAUAUUGCUCAUAAUAUCACAGUUCAAAGUCUUCAGUUGUGGACAUGAAACGAGACAAAAGUGUUAUAUAAUUCGUCUUUUGCUUUAACAAGUGAAGGUAAACAAUUUUUGACUCCAUGCAAUUAGUGAUGAAGCUUAGAAACCUUUCAAGGAAAGUUUUUAGCGUUGUUUGGAAUCUUAACAGAAGGAUUAAAAUUUUAUUCUUUUGAAAAUGUUUAUUCGUUUAAGACAAGAAUUGUUUUUAAAUAUUUAUCAAUUGUAUAAGUACGACGCAUGUAUAACUCAGCCGUCAGCGAGCUUACUAAAUGUGAAACUCUAUCACGUUAAACUCUACCACUGCAUGUCUGUUUAAUAACAUCUCAUUAAAAUAUUGACCUUCUUUGAAAUUUUCCCAAUAAAAGAAUACCACAAUAAAAUCACUGCAGAAUGAAAUUACUACUAUAUAUAUUAGGGUGCUUCAAAAAAAAACUUUAAUUUUUUUUUUUUGCUCUUACCCCAUAAAACGUUAGUGGUUGUCGAGAAAAAAAUCCUCCGAAAAGAUGGGCUCUCUAGCUCAACUCUAAGAGGUCGCUAUUUUAAUUUUAAUUUCCCAUCUGAUUAACACGUAAAAAUUUAUUUUUUCAUUCAAAGUGUAAUUACUCGUACACUGCUCAAUAUUUUUCAAAUCUAUACAUAAAUCUUCAAAUUUGAUUUCUCAAGCUUUCCAAAACCCUAUGACAAGUCAUAAUUAUCCCUAAUUGAAGCUAGCAAAAAAAAAAUCGAAAAUUAACAAUUUCAUUUUGAAAUACAAAAUCGAUACUUUUCAGAUAGCUUCAAUUGGCAUUUGAAUAAUGGUAAUUAUGACUUGCCAUAGGGUUUUGGAAAGCUUGAGGACUCAGUUUUGAAGGUUUAUGUAUAAAUUUGAAAAAUAUUGAGCAGUGUACGAGUAAUUACACUUUGAAUGAAAAAAUAAAUUUUUACGUGUUAAUCAGAUGGGAAAUUAAAAUUAAAAUAGCGACCUCUUAGAGUUGAGCUAGAGAGCCCAUCUUUUCGGAGGAUUUUUUUCUCGGCAACCACUAACGUUUUAUGGGGUAAGAGCAAAAAAAAAAAUUAAAGUUUUUUUUCGAAGCACCUUAAUAUAUAUAAUAUAUGUACGAUAUAACCCGGCGUUCUCCGACGAUAGCAACCACAGUUCUACACCAAUCUGAAUGAAAAUUUAUAUACCUAUUCUUUAGUUUUGAUAUAUUGUAACCGGACUUCAUUAUGUGUGGACUCAUGACGAAUAGCCAUAUAAUAAUUUAUAUCUAAUAGUAUUAGUUACAAGCCGAAAAACUAGGUAGAUAUAAGCAGAUCAUAAAGAUAAGUGUGAUUAUACAUAAUCAAUAUAUAAAUUCAAUUACGGUUUUAUUUUACCCUGUCUAAUUGCAUAUGAUCAGGCCUACUUUCUUUGAGAAAUUUAAUUUAAUUUUAUCAUAACUGAAAUUUCGAAGUGGUUUAACUUCUUUCUUGUUGAUUGAUAUCACUUGUUUUCGACACAAUAUGUGUGGUUUCAUAAUAUCAAAUUUUUUACUUUUUGCAUUACAUACAAAGUCUAAAUCGAUUAUUGUAGCUUAGUAACUGCCGGUGCUAAGUAACAGAGAAUCAAUUUAAUACUUCAAGUUAGUAUUCCCUGUAAUUGUAAAUAAGUAUUCAAGUCAGAAAGAGUUUUUACUUUUCUUAUUUAAAUAUAUUUUCCAUUGAUAGAAAACAUUAUAAAGAGUACUACUCAUUAAUUAAACAUAUAGUAGAUAACAAAUGUCAAUUUUAAAACCUACAACGUGUAAGGACGCUGCUCGACGCUGGGAAGAAGAUAAUAAAUGUGAUGCUUCAUCUGCGCUGGACGUAGAUUUGAGUUUUCAAUGGCCUCCUGUAGAAAAAAUGGAUAAUUCUCUAUCUUUAUUUUCAAAAUGUCGAAAAUUAUCAUUAUCGACAAAUAUGAUUGAAAAAAUUGUUGGAAUAAGUUCUCUAAAAAAUCUAAAAAUACUAUCACUAGGACGAAAUGUUAUAAAAGGAUUUACUGGUCUUGAACCACUCGCUGAAACUCUCGAAGAACUAUGGAUUUCAUAUAAUUCUAUAGAAAAAAUGAAAGGUAUAGCAACAAUGAAAAAUUUAAAAGUACUUUAUAUAUCAAAUAACCAAGUGAAGGAGUGGAAUGAAUUCAUGCGCCUUCAGGAAUUGAUGAACUUACGUGAACUACUGUUCGUCGGUAAUCCGCUUUGCGAAAGUGUUGAGGUGGAUCUUUGGAGAGUCGAUGUAGCUAAACGGUUACCAAGCUUAGAAAAGCUAGAUGGUGAACCGUUAAUUAGAACGGAAGAUAGUUCUGUACAACCAGCUCAAACAUCAGGAAAGUCAGACAAUUCGAUAGUAGGGGAAAGUGGGAUAACUACGAACACUUAAAAACAUAAGCUAAUGUUCAACAAAUUAAAUAGAAAUUUAGUUAUAACUAAAAAUAAAUGAUAAUUUAGUAGUUAAAUAGUAAUGUUGAUUAUUAAUCAUCAAUAUUAAUCAUUAUGAUUUA